CCAGAGAUGUGAGGGAAGUUUCACACUUCAUCGUGUUCGGCCAAAACAAACAAAAAGCGCGCGGGAACGACGCCGAGGAUAGCCGAGGCCAAAAACGUCUGGAUUAUAUUUCAGCAAGCUGAAUCCAAAAGGUCCACAAAUGAGCAACAGCAGAUGAACUUGAUGAGGUCCAGUCAGCUGAUGAAAGAGGAGUGAUCACUUCAUCCUCCUCUUGUUGCACUCCAUCUAGGGGCCAGUGAGGCUGAAGAGUCCCUUCAGCCCGCCUCAUUUUGUCACCAUUUCCUCUCUGAGUUGGUCCCCCAGAAGUGUUUCAAAACUGUUUCUCCAACGCUUUUUCCAGAAACUCAGACUGUUUUCCAAAGCAGAAGCAGCACAGCCCUCCCAGACUGAGGUGAUGGGAAGCGUGCGAGCCAGCCGCUACAGCAUUGUGUCAUCAGAGGAGGACGGCAUGAAGCUUGCCACUAUGGCAGUGCCCAACGGCUACGGGAACGGCAAGAGCAAGGUUCACACAAGACACCAGCCGCAAAGCAGAUUUGUGAAGAAAGACGGUCACUGCAACGUGCAGUUCAUCAAUGUGAGCGAGAAAGGUCAGCGGUACUUGGCUGACAUCUUCACUACAUGCGUGGACAUCCGCUGGAGGUGGAUGUUCAUCAUCUUCUGCCUCGCCUUUCUUCUGUCAUGGCUGUUCUUCGGCUGCGUCUUCUGGCUGGUGGCCAUUUUCCACGGGGACUUAGAAAAUGAUACCCAGAAGUGUGUCUCCAAUGUGAGCAGCUUCACCGCUGCCUUCCUGUUCUCCAUUGAGACUCAAACUACCAUUGGCUACGGCUACAGAUACGUGACAGACGAGUGCCCUGUCGCUGUCUUCAUGGUAGUUUUCCAAAGCAUCGUGGGCUGCAUUAUUGACGCCUUCAUCAUUGGUGCUGUCAUGGCAAAGAUGGCAAAGCCCAAGAAGAGGAAUGAAACUUUGGUUUUUAGUCAUAACGCCACAGUGGCCAUGAGGGACAACAAGCUCUGCCUGAUGUGGCGUGUGGGCAACUUAAGGAAGAGCCACCUGGUUGAGGCGCAUGUGCGGGCGCAACUUCUGAAAUCCAGGACGACAGCAGAGGGGGAGUACAUCCCCCUCGAUCAGAUGGACAUAGAUGUGGGCUUCGACAGCGGAGUCGACCGCAUCUUCCUGGUCUCUCCCAUCACCAUUGUCCACGAGAUCGACGAGGACAGCCCCUUCUACGACAUGAGCAAACAGGACCUGGAGAACUCAGAGUUUGAAAUCGUGGUCAUCCUGGAGGGCAUGGUCGAGGCAACUGCCAUGACCACGCAGUGCCGCAGCUCCUACGUCGCCAGCGAGAUUCUCUGGGGCCAUCGGUUCGAGCCUGUGCUCUUUGAGGAGAAGAACUACUACAAGGUGGACUAUUCCCGCUUCCAUAAGACAUACGAAGUGCCGAGCACCCCUCUGUGCAGCGCCAGAGACCUGGCAGAGAAAAAAUACAUUCUCUCAAACUCCAACUCCUUUUGCUACGAAAAUGAGAUGGCACUGGAGAACAAAGAGGACACGGAUGAGGGAAACGGGGGCAGCGUUGGGCCUGACGGCACCCAGACGGACAACAUCUCAGAGACUGAACACAGCCAAGCCACGGUGCCGCUAGAGCCCCGACCUCUGAGACGAGAAUCAGAAAUAUGACUGUUCAGACCUCAGACCUCACGUUAGAGAUUUUCUAAAAGCACCUCUCUGCUCCAAAAGGCACAACGAGCCGAGCUGGGCAGAGGACAAGCCGAACGGUACUGCUGUGGGAAGCGGCAAGGUUUAAGACUUUGUAUGUAGGAGUCUGUUUGAACUUUGACUACAUACAGUAUGACAAAACACAGCACUAUGAACCAUGUGCAUAUUGCAGGAAGAAUUCUCCAUGAAGUCCCCAUGAAUGUGUGCUCAGUGUCUGGUGACUGCAAGAUGACAGAGAGGAAGGAGGUUGUUGAGAUGACUUGAAAACUGCAGGCAUGUCUCAGUUUCUCUGGCCGGUAUGAACAAGACGCUUUCAGAAGGUGGUUUUUAUAGUUAGAAUAUGUUCUCAAGUGCUGCUAGAAAAUAGUUAAGUUAAACUUUGUGCUUUCUCGUAGAACCGCAGUACACAAAAGGUAGAUGUCUGGAACAAAGGUACAAGUAGAGUAUUUGUUCACGAGCUGGUCUCCUAGCAGACAUCACAGAGCUGAAACUUGCACCAAAACUUUCUGUAAGCAACAAAGGUCAAACGACGUGUCGAAAACUUAACAGCACUGAUUUUCUGAUCUUCUGCUUUAUCCUUUGCAGUUAUUGAUCUGAGAGACUGUUCAUUGCUGGUCGGACUGAUAGAGACAUGCCUGCCCGUGUCAAGAUAGAGCAGGGUAGUAUUAACGGCAUCAAACUGGCAGAAAAAUCAUUAAUUUAAACAGAGACCGGGGUAAUAUGAGAAUCUGAAUGUUCUUUAAAGUG